CAAUCAGUGGUGGAGUGGGCGGAGUCAGGGAUACCAGCGGAGGAUUCAAACGGAAGAUGGCAGCAGAUAAAGAUACAAAUGAAAAUACACAAAACAGAAGGGGUACGGUGUGUAACGUGGUGAUCAGCCAGGAUGCAGGGGGGAUCUUGGGGCGGCGGUGGGGUUGGUGGCCGCCCGCCCGUCAUCUUCAACCCAGACUUCUUUGUGGAGAAGCUACGUCACGAGAGUCCUGAGGUGUUUCAAGAGCUGGUGCUUAGCAACAUCAGCCGCCUCAUCGACCUUCCCGGUGCUGAGUUCUCUCUGCUGUUAGGGGACGAGGGAGGGCCCAAGACACUCACAGGGGCCGGAGGGGGAUUCUUCCGCUCCUUCAACUUCCUCAAACGUAAAGAUAAGGAAGUGGUGUUCGGGACUCCUUUGACAGAGGGAGGCAUCGCCCAGAUUUACCAGCUCAUCGAAUACCUCAGCAAGAACCUGCAGGUAGAGGGUCUGUUCAGGGUGCCAGGUAACAGUGUGCGGCAGCAGGCCCUGAAGGAGCAGCUGAACAGUGGGGCAGACAUCGACCUGGAGGCAGGGGGCUUCCACCCCAACGACGUGGCCACCCUCCUUAAGACCUUCCUGGGAGAGCUACCUGAACCCCUCCUCACACACCAACACUUCCACGCUCACCUCAAAAUAGCAGACAUGACUCUGUUGGAUGAGAAGGGCAACAAGACGUCAGUACCUGAUAAGGAGCGUCAGAUUGAGGCCUUACAGCUCCUCUUCCUGCUGCUGCCCCAGGCCAACCGCAGCCUCCUCAAACUGAUCCUGGACCUGCUCUACCACACCGCCAAGCAGCAGGACAAGAACAAAAUGUCUGCCUUCAACCUCGCCCUCAUGUUCGCCCCCCACGUCGUGUGGCCCAGAGAUAUGGUGGCCAGUGACCUCCAGGAGAAUCUGAAGAAGCUAAACAACGGCAUGGCCUUCCUCAUCAAACACUCCCAGAAACUAUUCAGGGCUCCUAUGUACAUGAGGGAGCAUGCCAGAAUGCACUUCACAGGAUCUAAGACCCUGCAGACCAAGGAUGAUAUAGACCUGUUAUCUGUGACUGGUUUCCAUGCCCCUGUUCCCCUGAAGAGGUGUUGGGCUGACCCGUCUCAGUACCUGUCUCCCUCCUCGUCGUCCCAGGGCCAGCAGCACCACACAGAGGAGUCCCUGAAGGAGCUGUUCAGACACGUCCAUGACAACAUGCCCAACUCUGCCAAGAAGAAGAAACUCUUACGACAGCUUGCUAAACAGACCACCCCCGGCCUGGCCCCAGGGACACCCAUCAACAACUAUCAGACCCCCCCGGCCCAGGAGCAAGAAACACCCCCGCUCCCGCUCCUUCGGAGGAUUCAUCAAGAGGAGACAUAAGGGGGACCAACAGGCGUUGGAGAGGAGGGGCAGACAAAUCUCCCCGGAGAUGGUUGCUGCGGCGAUGGGACGGCUGGGAAAGGAAAACGUCGUCCUGCAGUCGGUGAACAGUCCGGUGACGGUGAAUAAUAAUACUCCAGUGGGGGUCAAGGCCUAUGAUAGCAUGGCCCUCAAUAGAGAGAGGAGACUCAACUAUCAAAGGACUCUCCAUCCAUCUCCAGAAUGUGUCGAUGUAGAGGAUUGGUACUAGCAACAACGGACUUGUUUUUUUUUUUUGUCCUUUUUUUUUUUUUCUUAUAUAAAGUAAACUAUAUUGUAACUUUCUAAAUCUGUGACAAAUACAACAUUAGUCCCCAGCCAGACAUGGGUUGCAUCCCAAUAAUCUCGUAUUUCUCCUGAAGUGUGCUCUUGUUCACUUCCCUCAAUGAGUUUGAAAGGAAAUUACUGGAAUACCUAUAUGGAAACUCCUUCUAGCCCAUGCCUACACAAUCCAAGACUUUUACAUUUGACCACUAGCUGAGCCUAUAUGGAUACUUUUACAUUUGACCACUAGCUGAGCCUAUAUGGAUACUUUUACAGUUGACCACUAGCUGAGCCUAUAUGGAUACUUUUACAGUUGACCACUAGCUGAGCCUAUAUGGAUACUUUUACAGUUGACCACUAGCCGAGCCUAUAUGGACACUUUUACAGUUGAUCACUAGCUGAGCCUAUAUGGAUACUUUUACAGUUGACCACUAGCCGAGCCUAUAUGGAUACUUUUACAGUUGAUCACUAGCCGAGCCUAUAUGGAUACUUUUACAGUUGACCACUAGCCGAGCCUAUAUGGAUACUUUUACAGUUGACCACUAGCCGAGCCUAUAUGGAUACUUUUACAGUUGACCACUAGCCGAGCCUAUAUGGGCACUUUUACAGUUGACCACUAGCUGAGCCUAUAUGGACACUUUUACAGUUGACCACUAGCUGAGCCUAUAUGGAUACUUUUACAGUUGACCACUAGCCGAGCCUAUAUGGACACUUUUACAGUUGACCACUAGCUGAGCCUAUAUGGAUACUUUUACAGUUGACCACUAGCUGAGCCUAUAUGGAUACUUUUACAGUUGACCACUAGCCGAGCCUAUAUGGAUACUUUUACAGUUGACCACUAGCUGAGCCUAUAUGGAUACUUUUACAGUUGACCACUAGCUGAGCCUAUAUUGUACUAUAUGUAAGUAUCUUGUUUGUGUUUUUUACAUUUUCUUCUGAAUCUGAUGUUUGUGCUACUCAUCUGAAAAUGUGGCGUCUAAUUUGACUAAUAUUCUACGUCCCAAUGGUUGCCCUACACACACAGCACACUGACGGGAUGAUUAUAUCCCCCUACAAAAUGCUGAUUAGCACCAGUCACAUUUGUCUGGGGCCUGUUCCAAAAAGCUGGAUCAAUGAGUUAGCCAGCAAACUGGCCCAAAUUGCUUGAAAUGACUCAACAACAGAAACAACUAUUAUACAAAUGUAGAUUAUUUUAAUCAACCAGGAAAUCAAGAGAGAUGAGGCAAAGGCUGUUAAUCAAAGUUAGCUGGCUGAUGUAUUAACCCUGCCUUCUGGAAUAUCAAAGUUGGCUGGCUGAUGUAUUAACCCUGCCUUCUGGAAUAUCAAAGUUAGCUGGCUGAUGUAUUAACCCUGCCUUCUGGAAUAUCAAAGUUAGCUGGCUGAUGUAUUAACCCUGCCUUCUGGAAUAUCAAAGUUAGCUGGCUGAUGUAUUAACCCUGCCUUCUGGAAUAUCAAAGUUAGCUGGCGGAUGUAUUAACCCUGCCUUCUGGAAUACCCCACAGCUCUUAUGGUGUCUAAAGGCCAGUGGGUUUACUGAUACUGUCUGUUAGCUCAAAUGACUCCCCUGUUCCCUAUAUAGUGCACUAUUGGCCAUAAGUAGUGCACUACACUUUAUAGUAGUGCAUGUGGUGGUGUUGGAGAAACACUGGCUCAGGGUUUCUUGGAUCUAUAUCAUACAAAUACAGGUCAAUACAUAUUGGAUGAUGAUGAACAAACCAACCUGUAAUGGCAUCUGUGUUUGGGAGAGAUGUAGGUAGGGCUUCAUUUUGGGACGACUAUUUAUUUUUAUUGUCUGAGAUUUGUGUAUUAACUGAUUGAACUCCUCAAUGUGUACAAUGUCAUAUUUCGCCUGCCUGGUUUGGCCUUUGAGGUUUGAUAGUACAAUGUUGUGAUUAUAAUUUAUUUU